AUGUACCGUGCUCUCUUCGACAAAGACGGGCUCAGACGCGAUAUAGCCGACCGUGUGGAGUAUGACCUUGGCGACAUUUGCUACAUUGAUGAAGUCUUCCUCGAGAAAGAAUAUCGGGGCUAUGGUAUCGGCUUGCUUGCUGUCGAUGGAUUAAUCAAGUCUCUGCCGUCCAUGGAAUCGGAUUGCUUCAUGCUGCAUGCUGCCAGUGUAAACCAAGAGGCGGCGGAGGAAGUUUCAGAGUACAUCGCAGCCAGUGAGCGAUUGAGCGAGUAUUACAGUCUCAUGGGCUUUGAUGUGUGGGAGCGCUAUACUGCCGGACGACUCCCGCCCCUCAUGGGCCUUUGCACGAAGUUCAUGAGGCCUGACAUCAAAGGUAUUGUGCCGCAUCUGAUUCAGUGA